CCCGCUCACCGGCAGCACGCAUCUCUUUACCUGCUCCUGGCGCGCCAAAAUAGAAGUGUCCGUGCACUCUACUAUGUCCUAAACUGCGGUGCGCAAUUGUCACGAGGGUUGCACUUCACAUUUUUGUGUGUUUUCGACAAGUCAAGUUAGAAAGAGUAAGAGGGAAAAGAAAGAAAGGCAAAUAACUUUGAGACAUCUCAAGAUACCUUUGUCACUUGGCGAGGUCGAUUUGGAGCGGGACAUAAACUUCAAUACAUUACCGACGGAGGGACUAGUGGGAAAUAGCCCAGUAAGUCCGGUCGUGUGUGCCUGUUCAGAGAGACGACCAAGUGAGCGAGAAGGCAUAAAAACCCGGUGCGAGGAUGAUGUCCUACAUUAAGCAACCCCAUUACGCCAUGAACAUGUCUGGGAUGGACCUGCUGCACACCACCGCUGGAUACCCAUUCUCUGUGUCUCUGGAUUUCUCAGCCACCCCGCGGAAGCAGCGUCGCGAGCGCACCACUUUCACACGCAACCAGCUGGAUAUCCUGGAGGCCAUGUUCUCCAAGACCCGCUACCCCGACAUCUUCAUGAGGGAGGAGGUGGCCCUCAAGAUCAACCUCCCGGAGUCGCGUGUACAGGUGUGGUUCAAAAACCGCCGUGCCAAGUGCCGCCAGCAGCAGCAGCAGAGCAGCGGCCAAUCCAAGCCCCGCCCGCCCAAGAAGAAGGCGUCACCGGCCCAGGACCAGCCCAACAACGGCCCCGACCCCUCAGCCAACAACCCCUCUGGCUCCUACAGCCCCUCCCCCGACCCAUCAGGCCCCUCCCUGCCCCCUAGCGGCAACAACCCUGGCAAUGCACCCAUCUCCAUCUGGAGCCCAGCCAUCUCGCCACUCCCUGACCCUCUGGCCUCCUCGGCGCCCUGCAUGCAGCGGCCCUCUGCCUACCCCAUGAGCUACGGCCAGCCUCAGGCCUAUGCCCAGGGCUACGCCGGCACCUCCUCCUAUUUCACAGGCUUGGACUGUGGCGCCUACCUUUCGCCCAUGCACUCACAGCUGUCGGCAAAUGGCGCCCUCAGCCCCAUCACCGUGCCCUCCAUGGGGGGCUCGCUGAGCCAGUCACCCGCCUCGCUCUCCUCCCAGGGCUACGGCACGGCCGCUUCGCUGGGCUUCACCUCCGUCGACUGCCUGGACUACAAAGACCAGCAGGCGUGGAAGCUGGGCUUCAGCACCAUGGACUGCCUGGACCACAAAGACCAGAAUUCGUGGAAGUUCCAGGUGCUGUAGAGAAGAACAAGAACAAGAGUGGGAGGAGUUGUGAAUGAAUGAGGCCCUCACCAGAUAUACGAUCAAAUACGAUCAAAUUAUUCUGACAGAUGUUAUUUCUUGUUUGUAAGUUUUGUUUCUCGUUUGUAAUCUUGGUUUUUACAACCUCUGUAGAAUGUGUUUUCCAUUCAGGUGAGAGAGGAGAAGAUAGACGCAGGGAUAUAAUUGAUACCUCCUGACUGUGAAUGCAGGAGAUCAGGUCCAUUUACUUUCUCAUAUAGUAGAAGGGAAGGCUGCCCCUGAGGAUCAUACUAUAUGGAAAGACACAACUAGAAACUGAUUUAAACACACAGGCAAUGGUUCAGAUGCAUUGAUUGAAUUCUAUUGAUACAACUACGCAAUACUCAAUCGUUCCUCUGUUCCUUUUUCUGCUGUUUUCAAGAAACAUAUCAAUAGAUCAUAUUCACAGAGCUUUAAUACUCUCUUAGUCUCUCUCUUUUUUGUUCUGAAAGACCAUCAGUGUUAAUUUGAGUUUAGUUGUUGUUAUAUAUGCUACAAUUUAAAUCUUAAUUUGGUUACUUUUAGGCUUUUGGAGCUAACAUGUUACUAAGGUGUUAGGCUAGCAUCAUUGCUAUUACAUUUUGAUGGGAGAAAAAAAAUGACUUCUAUGUUUUUUUGUGUGAAAUAUUAAAGCUAACUUUGAAUCUACAUUUAUGCCCAAACGAAAGUCAUUGCGAUUACAAGUUUGAGUGACAUUUUGGUUUCACAAUUUAUAUGAAGGGGUUCAGGUUUUUUGCAUUCAAACGUACUGUACAUCAUGUAUUGAUAUUCCCUAUUCGGAACUUAAAUUGGUUGAGUUGAAGUACAAAACUGACCCAGAACUCAACAAGUGGCCAUGUUGUUACGGGUUAUAUUAUGUGCGUGUAGUUUCUGUUGUGUUGCCUCCUUGGCCCACAUGGCUCUCGGGUGCGUCUUGCUGUCAGGUAUUUUUGCUGAUCUGAUUCUGGAGUGGCCCAAUCCUCUUACCCUCCCUUUAGCAAUGUCCUAAGUGAAUUAGUCAGGAUUACUUCUCUGUCCCCCUCUAUCUCUCGUUCCUUCUCUCUCUCUCCCCCUCCUUCCUUCCCUCCCCAUCUCUCUCUUUUUUCUCUCUACCUCUAUCUCUCCCCCUAUUUUCCUCGUCCUUCUCUCUCGCAGCCUCUUGCCCUGUUUGUCGGUCGUCUACAUGUCUCUCAUUCUCCUCUACCAAUGUUCUCAAUUAUUCCCGUUGUCCUUGAAAAAAGCUAAGUAUACCCUGUAAAAAGAAGGAAGGACACUCUUGAUGAUAAUACUAUAUGUGAAAGACUUAACUAGAAACUGAUUUAAACACACAGGCCAUGGUUAAAACAUAUUUCAGAUCAAUUCAAACUCUGCUGCAGAGGAAAAUGAGUGACUCAGAGAUGUCAUCACUUCCUCUUUAUUUCCUUCCAAAAAUUGUUCAAUGUCCAAAGAACAAUCAAGGCUGUCAUCUGUGACAUAAAGUAUUGUCUAUUGUCCCUCAGGGUAACACAAAGAACAUUUACUUCCUGCCUUAUCCCACCCCUCCCCUCGAACCCAUCUAUCUCUGCCAGCCUCUUAUCUCCCUUUGCCUCCCUCCACACCCCCACUACUCCACCUCACCCCCCUCUUCUGACAACUCAGUAAUCCCUAGUUGACCUGGUUACAUGCCAUGCAAUUUGACCACAAGUGGACAUUUGUGUGAGUGUGUAUUCUUGUUUGUGAGUACAAUAUGUGUAUUCAAUGUGUAUGCGAUAUGUGUGUGUGUGUGUUCGUGUGUGUUAUAAAAUAGAUGGGCACUGAGUUACUCUGCAGUAAUGUUCCUAUCUUUGCCAAUAAGGCAUCUUCAUUACAAAUGUGUGUUGGAAUCUAGACAUUGCAAAUUAUGGAUUCCACAACAUAUUUUACAGUAUCUGAAGAUGACUAGAUUCCUCAUUAGGUGACAGAGUAACAAUUUGUUACUUUAAACAUGGACAAAUAUGGACUCUAAAAAUGAAAAACCUAUUAAUUUAUAGAACAGAAUAACUUCGUUUUUCAGAGUGUAACAAAAGUAUAUUCAUCUAACAAUGUUGCGAGUGAAUAACAUAGUAGGGUGAUAAAUUGAUGAAGAGUUCAUUUGAACACAAACAUAAUAGAGUAUAGCAUUGAGACGUAAAAGGGAAACUGGAGAGUUUUCCAUAGCGCACUCAAUACGCACACUACAUACACAUUCAACUCGCUGGGUUAAUCCCACUCUGCACCACUUUAAUCCCUCUGCCCUCCCUCUCUGUGAUCUGAUUGGUUAAUCCCUGCCCUCUCUGUCUGGGUCCUGAUUGGUUAAUCUCUCUCAGAGGGUGCAGUGAGGUUGUAAUCUGUCCGUCAUCAGCACAGAGAGUUUUAGAAAGACAGACAUGUUGCCGGUAAUCCCUGAAAGGAGCAGAUGUGGUGGGGGAUGGAGGAAGGGAUGGACAGCAGCACUUGGCAGACCUUGGGGAAGGUGAAUAUAGAGACACAGCAUUCCCAAUGUGGGUCGUGUUCAUUAACCACCAAACAGACAGACACAGGGAGGGACUAGCUGGAUUUGUCCAAUCACAAACAACAUUUUUUGUUUUCCAUUGCAAAGAGUUUUAAAAUGUUGCCCAUUGUGUGCCCUUCUCUCUGAAGUAUACUCACAAACUGUAAACCCUUAACACAUAAGACCAAAAUCACCAAAUCAUGACCCCUUAAAAUAUAGCAUUUCCUUUCUCUUUAGGGAAUAAGGAACACAAACACUUAACCACAUCAGUGUAAACUGUUGAGUCCAAUGACUACUCUAACUCAAUGAUGGAGAACUUAGUUCAGAUGAGAUGUAGUGGUAAAAAAUGAGCGUACCCUAACGCAAAGAAACACUUGUUCACACAAUAAACGCUAUUCACAAAAUAAAGAGUGGGUCAAGUGGAACAUGUAUACAACAUAAGCCUGGAUAAACCGGUUUUAAAAAACGAACAAUUCUAAAGCAAUGGUCACCAGCCCAACACAAAACUACUUCAUUCAUCUGAGUUUAUCGAGACCUUGAGUUGAUUAGCUGUAUCAGGGUGGUAUUCAUUCCACCGAUUCUGUUGCAAAACAUUUCUUAAACGGGAGAAAAUUGAAUGA